AGCUGAUUUUCUGAUAUACCUUAAGUGAAGCUUUAAGUAAACUCAACUAUUGAGCUGAAAAUGACAGGCUUUAGCAGCAUGAGCUUUAUCCUGGCUUCUUUCAUGGGGCUGCUGUGCCUCUUCUGCACUUCUGAGGCCCAAAGCAACCAAGACUGCUGCCUCUCCUACAUGAGAACUGAGCUACCUCGUCGGGCCAUCAAUGGCUACACGGAGCAGUUAUCAAAUGAAGUCUGUGACAUCGGUGCUAUCAUUUUCCACACAAAGAGUGGGUUGAAAGCAUGUGCAAAUCCAGAAGACAACUGGGUGAAGAAGCGUCUUCUUUGGCUGAGCAAAAAGCUCAAGAAGAUGUCAAUGUAAGACAGUUUCCGAACUGGAACUAGACAGAGAGGUGGGCUGCAGAACCUAAGCUAGGUUAGAAUUGUCUCAUUGUACACUGUUGUGUGCUUGCUAUCUACUUAUUGCUGACUUCUUUGGAACCAUUGAACUAUAGGUUCAUAUUCAUAUUGCAUCACUUGUUUGCUUGACUUAAGCACUGUGUAAAAGUUUUUUUUUCUUUGCUAUCAUAUAUAUUACAUGUUUGAUUACUGUGUAAAAUAGAAUAUGAUGCACAUGUAUUGGGUACUGUGUGCCCUACUGCGUUUA